CACAGCAUGGGGUCAUGCCAAGUGGCCCAGCAGAUCUUCAGGGAGAGAUGGGAAAUGCAUCCAACACCUCUGUGUUCACCUCCACCUUAUCAGAGAGAGAAGACCUGAUUUUUGGCACGCUCUAUUUGGUCUUUGGCAUCAUGUCCCUCUCUGGGAACUCACUGCUCCUGCUGGUGGCCUAUCAGAAGAGGUCCAUGCUGAAGCCUGCUGAGUUCUUCAUCGUCAACCUAGCCAUCAGUGACCUGAGCAUGACGGUGACACUCUUUCCCUUGGCCACUCCUUCCUUCUUUGCACACAGGUGGCUCUUCAACCGGGCAGUUUGCACCCUCUACGCCUUCUGUGGGGUCCUGUUCGGGCUGUGCAGCCUCACCAGCCUGACGGUGCUCAGCACGGUUUGCUGCCUGAAGGUCUGUUACCCAGCAUAUGGCAACAAGUUCUCACCGUGCCACGCUGGAGUGCUGCUGCUGUGCAUCUGGGCAUAUGCCCUGAUGUUUGCCACGGCCCCCUUGGCUGAGUGGGGCAGCUACGGCCCCGAGCCCUACGGGACAGCCUGCUGCAUCACCUGGAAAGCCUCCAACAGGGAGGCCACGCUCUACAUUCUCGCCCUCGUCAUCUUCUGCUACCUUCUCCCCUGCCUCCUCAUCCUGGUCUCCUACUCGCUGAUCCUGUGGACAGUGCGGGUGUCCCGGCGAGCCGUCAGGCAGCACACCUCCCCCCAGCGCAGAGCCCGCAGCGUGCACAGCCUGGUGGUGAAGCUGAGUGUUGCUGUGUGCCUGGGCUUUCUGGCUGCCUGGACCCCUUACGCCAUCGUUGCCCUGUGGGCAGUCCUUGGCGACGCUAGCCAGGUGCCGGCUCUGGCCUUUGUGCUGUCAGCUGCCUUUGCCAAGUCCUCAACACUCUACAACCCCCUGGUAUACCUGCUCUUCAAGCCCAACUUCCAGAAGUUCCUCUCCAGGGACAUGGUGCUCCUCCAGGCCAUCCGCACCCUCCUUUGCUGUGGCUGCCCCAGCGCUGCGCUCCAGUCUCUCCCAUCCCCAGGCUUUGAUGACCGUCCCGUGGCUUGCAGAAACUGCAACGAUGCUUUUGAGUGUUUCAGUAACUACCCCAAGUGCUACAAACUCCCCCAGGUGCCCAGCAGCUCACCCCAGCGUGCUCCCCUGGCUCUCCUGGCGGACGGAGCUGCUCGCCAGCCUGCCCUGAAGAGGACGGUGCAGGUGAUGGUGCUUGUCACACGGAAAAGGUCAGGCCUGGGCACUGCCAAUGUGGUGGGGGAAACCCUGCCAUCAGAUAUCAUGAAAGACCUUCUCUGAGCCCAGCUGUGCUUGGCUGUGUCCUGCCAGCACACUGGAAGAUGAACCCACAUGCAACAUUUCUCUCACCUACAUAUCCAAUGAGUCUCCAGCAUCUUCUGCAGAUGACAUGACAUGAAGAUUUAAGACCAACUUUGCCUCCCACUCUAGUCUGGCUCUUGUGACUCUUAGCCUAGUCUUUGCACUUGAAAAAGAAGCCACCCUAAUAGACCCCCAGUGCCUGAAAUCUGCCCAGGGUGCAAGUCCAUGGUGUAAUUUCUCCUUCAGCUUGCACUCUGGGCCCUUGGCCUUUUUUUUCCCAUCCUGGUGCUCUGAUGACCAAGUAGGAACUUGGUUGUCUUAAGAAACUGUGCCUGGCAGGGAGGGCUGUGGGCCAGGAGGCCCCUAGAGGCAUCCUGCUCCCUACACCAGCUCCUACAGCCCCUGCCAAUUGUGUCCUUUCCCACCGGGGCACAGGACCGCUCCACUCAGCUACCUCACUUGGGGUUAUGAAGCAUCUCUAGAUACCUCUGGAGCCUGCUGUCUGUGCAGGCUGCGUUACCCCACUCCCUCAAUUUGAACACAAACCUGUCCUGUAGAUCAAAAUGGGAGCUUGUCUUUAGAGUGAGAAUUUGGGGUUAAAGUAACCCUGC